CGUGUUUGUUUAUGCUGGAGUUACUGGGAUGCAUAAGAGUCGAUAUCCGUCAUUUCUACGCCUAUACUGACUGAUAAAGACUCAUAUUUCACAUUGACUGCCAUAUUCACAGCCACAUACACAUCUUUCACAAAGAAUUGCAGCAUCAAAAAUAAAUAAAUGUCUACGCCAGACAUCGACGCCGCCGCCGCGAGCGGAAUCGCUGGUCUAGAAAUCACGAACCCUGACGUCCCAAAAGACAGCUUCACUGAGCUGCAACUCUCCGAACUCGAGCGACAAAUCCUCGACCUCUACGACCGUCUCGAAGAGCUCCAGCUCGAGAUCGGCCUACUCAGCGCCCCAGAAGCCACGCAGGAUGCAUCUGCCGAGGAAGUCACCGAUGAAGACCUCCAAGCCGAGCAGAAGGCGCUGUUAGAAGCUAAAGCGCGGUAUUCGUUGAAGAAGAGUAUCGCCGAGGGUAUCCUGGUGGCGAAUCCGAUACUGAAUGCUGUGCAUGCUGGGUCGAAUGCUAGUCCGAUAGAACGGGACCUCCUCCCGUUGGUUCAGCAGCGCGACGACGUAUCUACGGAACUUGCAGCCACAGCGGCGCAGGUGCUCGCUGCCAGAGAAGCACUCACAGCCGUCGAGGCGGAGCAAGUGGUGCUGGCGCGGAGUAACACGGAGUUGGCGGGCAGGAUGGUGGGGCUUGCGGAGCAGGUGGAAGGGCAGAAGAAGGGGGAUAUCACGGAUCCAGAGAUGAGGGGGAAGAUUGAGGAGAUGGAGCGGGAGGUGAGGAGGAGUCGGCAGAGGUGGAGGUUGAUGAAGGGGGUUGCGAGUGGGGUUGUGGCGGGGAGUGGGGUGGACUGGGCGAGGGAUGAGAAGUUGAGGGCGUUGGUGCUAGAUGAUGAUAGCGAUGACGAGUAGAGGGUGGGUUGUUACAGGGUACUGGGUCACUGUAUAUCAUUGUUAAUUUAAGAGGCGACGAGUUGUGGGAUGAGCUCCAUGUACUUGUGCCGCUGUAUAGCUCACGAUUUUACCAGCAUUUUAAAAUCAUGGAAUUUUAUCUCUUGAAUUCCAUUUGGAG